AUGACAUUGGAUGAACUGUAUGGUACAUUGGUGAGCUAUGAAAUGAACUAUCUCGAAGAUGAAGCACCCAAAAGUGUGACUCUGAAUGCUGAAGACUUGGAGAUGAUAGAGUCUGAUGAAGAAAUGGCACUGCUGAGCCGUAAACUUUCUCGUAUGAUUAGUGAGAAACGAGCUGCCAAGCUGAAGUUUGGGAAGUUUCAUAACAGAAAUAGCUAUCAGGAUGAGGUACAUCCAGUUCUCAAUGAAAAUGGUGAAUCUGCUGGUGGUGAUGAACAUACUGAAAAUCAUGAAGUUGUUGCAUUUAUGGCAAAUGCUGAUGAAUCCAGUGAUGAAAAUGAAGAAUCCAGUUCUAAAACUACUGAUGAGUCAAGGAAACUCGAUGUUGAUGAGCUGACUGAAGCUUAUGAAGAGAUGGUAUUCGAACAAAAGAAAGAUGUGAAAAAUAAAGAACUUCUUGAUACCAUUUAUCGUUUAGAGGAUCAAAAUGAGAAACUUGAAGAUGAACUUGAGAAGUUGAUGAAGAUUACUUAUGAUAAAUCUUCUGAAUCAGAGAGGUUGAAUUCUGAGAAUCUGAAGUUGAAGGAUGAAAAUGAUAGGCUUCGGAAAGGAAAAGAAAAAUUAGAUGAAGUCCUUUCAAUUGGUAAACCAUUUGGUGAUCACAAAGGAUUAGGUUUCUGUGAAUCAUCUCAAAAAACAAAAUUCAAGGAAGAGCAGAAGCAGAAACAGAAACAGAACCGCAGAAGAAUUCAGGAUGAUAAUUCAAAGUUAUCACAACCUACUGACUGCAAGUACUGCAUGUAUCCUGGUUAUUCGGCUGUGAAGUGCUUAAAGCUGGCAAAAGAUGUUGUCAAUGGAAGACACAUUCAAAUGGCCUACUAA